GUAAACAGUCAAGUUCCAUUUCUUUCUACUAGUCUAACAACAUUUUUAGAAAACUAACAAAACACGAAUUUAUUUUUAUUUAUUUAUUUGGGCAUUUUCCUCCUUUUCGUUGGAUGACCGGGGUGAUGAUGAUCAAGGUUGGAUUCUUUAUUUGCGGUAUGAAAAUAAAGAGAUUGUCUUCAUCAAUAAAUGUCAGAUGUUGAGAUAAUUAAAAUUAAAAAUAAAUCCUUUGUAUUAUUCCUGUUGCUAAAAUAUUCUCGGCUCAUUCCAUUUGUUGAAAGGGUUUCUCUUGUUCUUAUUCAGUGUAUCUCUCUCUACCUCUACUUCCCCAUUGUUGUUUCCAGCUCAAUUAACUUCUUCUUCUCCGUACUACUCAUUUAUUGCGGUCGAUUUUGAUUUUAUCGUUUGUUAGUUUUCCUAUUUGGCGUAAUCCUGCCCGUAUUUGAUUAGUCAAUUCUUUAAAAAAAAAUCUAGGGUUCAUAGCUUGUAGCGCCUUGAUUGAGCAGCAUUUUGAUUUCUUGGCUUGUAAAAAUUAAUUAGGGUUGAUAGGGGUCCUCCCCCCAAUCUCCUGAUCUACAAUUUCUCAUUUUUUAUCCAUAAAUAUCUUGCUUAUUUCUCCAUAUAACUCUCUCAUGUUUCUCUUUCUGGGAUUCAUGGGAGUUGUUCUUUUUUCCUUUUUGUAAAACUUUCCCACAAUCAAAUUAAAGAGGGGGGGAAAUGGUGAGAGGGAAGGUGGAAAUGAAGCGCAUUGAAAACCCAACAAGCAGGCAGGUGACCUUUUCAAAGCGCAGAAAUGGGCUAUUGAAGAAGGCGUAUGAGCUCUCAGUGCUCUGCGAUGCAGAAGUCGCUUUGAUCAUCUUCUCUCAAAAAGGAAGACUUUAUGAGUUUUCAAGCUCCAACAUGCAGAAGUCAAUAGAGAAAUACCUUGAACGUGCCAGAGAAGAGCGGGGCAAUGAAGUUGAACAACGCAUGAAGUUGCAGUAUUUAAAGCAUGAAGCAGCGUUGAUGAAGAAGAAGAUAGAGCUACUAGAGAAUUCCCAAAGGAAGCUUUUAGGGCAAAAUCUUGGAGCUUAUUCAUUGCAAGAGCUCCACGACACCGAAAACCAGCUCCAGCGAAGCCUACACAAUGUCAGGGCCAGAAAGGCUCAACUAUUCCAAGAGGAAACAGAAAAACUACUUGCAAAGGAGAAGUUUUUGUUGGAAGAAAAUUCCAAGUUGCGCCAAAAGUGUGAAGUGAGGGAAGCAGAAAGAGGGAGUCAGAGCCAAACCACCCUGAGCUCUGAGGUUGUGACCGAGUUGUUCAUCGGCCCACCAACUACAAGGAAGGCCCAAGAUUUCUGAACUUUUACUUACAAAUAAUAAUGCUUUUUUCUUCUUAUGGCAUACAUAUUUACCAGUAUAUUUAUCGUAAAUAUAUACGUUAAGCAAUAAGUGUAUUUUGUUGUUCAAUAUAUAAAUGGGCCAUUAGAACUAGCAAAAUAGAAUGUGACAUGACAUCCAAUUGUAAUGGGAUAUUUCAUUGUUCAAUAAGGGAUUGGACAUCCUAAGAUUUAUUGGGCCAUUGCGGGCUGGAAA